GUUUGGAGCAAGCUGCUUUUGCGUGACCUAUUACUCAACCAGGCUGUGAACUAUCAUAUUUUUCUUGAUUUUCUUCUUUCUUCUUUCUUCUUUCUUAACUUUCUUUCCAUACUGUUCAACUCGACUGCAGAACCUCCAUAAAGACACGCAAACGUUAGCAUACGUUCUCGCUACUCUCAACCCCACCCAUACGUACAGGUGAACUCAUCGUAUCUUAUAAUGGCCGCCGUGAAAAGGCUACAGAACGAGCUUAGCAAGAACACCCCGCCUACCACACCAGGCACAACGAUCAAGUUGGUCAAUGAUGACCUCUUUAACUGGGAGAUCAUAAUGGAUGGCCCGGCGGAGUCUUUCUAUGCCGGCGGUCAUUUCAAGAUCCAGCUCUCUUUUCCGACAAACUUCCCCUUCAAGCCGCCCACCGUAUCGUUUCACACUAAAAUAUGGCACCCGAACGUGACCAACGACGACAAGGGUAGCAUGUGUUUAGGUAUUCUUAGGCCGGAUGUAUGGAAACCUGCCUCGCAGAUUAGAAGCGUGCUGGAUCUGAUACGGAACCUUCUCAUUGAGCCAGACAUUGACAACGCGGUCGAGGCUAGCAUUGCCGACCAAUACAAGAACGACAGGAAGGGCUUUGAAAAGCAAGCCAAAGAGUGGGUUAAGAAGUAUGCCAGCGCAAAAUGACUCGCUGGAGAAUGACGAAUGGCAGUGCUUGUUUCACGAAGCAUUUAAUGCUCGCAAAGACGAUGACAUGAUUUAAUGAGCAUCAUAUGGAGCCUUGGUACUCAAAGAUUUAGGGCAAAUCUGAAGGGUGCAUUAUGCGGAGCAGGACUUCGAACUAUCUAGAGCUGCUCAUGAGCUGAUCAAAACCGUGGCUUUAAUAUUGAACCUGUGGUUUUGAAGCAAUUCUCUGACUAAGCACCCAUCGCUAAUGCAGCAAAUAUCAUAUUGGACAAACAUUACCUUCUCACGUCUAUGUAGUCAUCCUCUACAAUACUUUUCCCUUCUUCCUUCGUUUGUAAGCAGACUAUGCUUGGGUAUCGUGUUUCAAAAUGCUUGCUUUCCGCUUUUACCCAAAAGAAUGCCAAAAUAUA